AUGGGGCAGAAUUUCAUUUCCUUCCCUCGCCAUGAGGAAGAGCAUCUCCAGCGGACUGUGAGCUGGCACCCUUGCCUUCUGAUCCUUGGCCAGAACUGUAAUGCCAAAUGCCAGUUACUCAACAUACUGCUGGGUGAGAAGCUGCUCCCUACCACCAAAAUCAGCAACGAGGAGAAUUGUAAGAGGCGACGGAUCCGUUUCACGCAUGGGACACAAACACGGGUUAGCCUGGCGCUGCCUGAGCAGUAUGAACUGGUCCAUAUGAUGGCAGCCCACCGAGGGCACUGGGACACGAUACCAGAGGAGGACUUAGAGAUUCAUGGGGACAGUGAAGAUCCUGCUCACCAGAUAGCGGAGCUGGAGGUCAUGCUGCCGUACUCACUACUAAAGGAAGUGGACGUUGUUGUAGCACCAUGUCGUGGAUUCCAGUCUGCUGAAGCCACCCUGGGAGAGUACGUGAACCAAGUGUUGCCUGUUGUCAUCUUUGCCAUCAGCGAGGCUGAACUUUCUUCAUCAGAUGAGAAUGAACUGCGCGAAAUCAAAGAGAAAUUUUCUUUGCCAAUUUUCUUCUUCAAAGUGCCAGAGUCGGGGGUUGACCUGAUCUCUCCCCCAAAAACUGAUAAUGAAAAGUCCUCCCUUUACUGCCAGCUGAUGGACUUGGAGUACCUGAGUACCAACCACUGCAGCUGCGGGGCACCUGCUCCUGAUGCCGAUGCCCAGAGCAUGCUGGUGGAGCAGUUUGAGAAGCUCCGUCUCCUAAGCACUUUCUCCAGGCAGGUGCUUCAGAAGCAUCUUGUGGAAGCAGCUACCAGUUUAAACGAGGUGCACUGCCGCUGCCUGAACAUCUUCAUCAAUCAGGCUUUUGACAUGCAGCGAGACCUGCAAAUCACUCCCAAGAGGCUGGAGUAUACCCGCAAGAAGGAGAAUGAGCUCUAUGAGUCUCUCAUGAACAUUGCCAACCGCAAACAAGAGGAGAUGAAGGACAUGAUCAUAGAGACUCUUAGCAACAUGAAAGAGGAGCUCUUGGAGGAUGCUGCCAAUAUGGAAUUCAAAGAUAUCAUCAUUCCUGAGAAUGGGGAACCUGUUAGUUCCAAGGACAUAAAGUGUUGCAUUAAGCAAAUUCAGGAACUGAUUAUUUCUCGAUUAAACCAAGCAGUUGCCAACAAGUUAAUUAGUUCAGUGGACUAUCUGCGAGAGAGCUUUGUAGGGACUCUGGAGAGAUGUCUGAAGAGCCUGGAGGAGUCUUGGGAGGUUGCAGUACACCCUGCAAGGAGUUUGGAGAAGUCAAAGGAUGUUUCUGUACACAUCACAAGCAAUUAUCUCAAACAGAUACUAAAUGCAGCCUAUCACGUUGAAGUCACUUUCCACUCAGGCUCGACAGUAACCAGAAUGCUGUGGGAACAGAUCAAACAGAUAAUCCAGCGGAUUACAUGGGUCAGCCCACCUGCCAUCACCAGUGACUGGAAGAGGAAAGUUGCUCAGGAUGCUAUUGAGAGCCUCAGUGCAUCCAAAUUAGCCAAGAGCAUUUGUAGCCAGUUCCGGACCAGGCUAAACAGUUCCCAUGAGGCUUUUGCAGCUUCUCUGCGACAGUUAGAAGAUGGCCAUUCUGGCAGGCUGGAGAAAACAGAAGACCUGUGGCUGAAGGUGCGGAAGGAUCAUGCUCCUCGGCUAGCACGACUCUCGCUGGAGAGCAGGUCCCUCCAGGAUGUGCUGUUACAUGGCAAACCAAAGUUGGGCCGUGAGCUGGGCCGAGGACAGUACGGCGUGGUCUAUCUGUGUGACAGCUGGGGAGGGCAUUUCCCAUGUGCACUGAAAUCUGUUGUUCCUCCAGAUGAGAAGCACUGGAAUGACCUUGCACUUGAGUUUCACUAUAUGAGGUCUCUGCAGACACACGAGCGGCUCGUACAUCUACAUGGUUCUGUGAUAGAUUAUGGCUAUGGAGGAGGCUCCAGCAUUGCCGUCUUACUGAUAAUGGAACGGUUGCACAGAGACCUUUAUACAGGACUAAAGGCUGGGCUAGAAUUAGAAACACGAUUACAGAUUGCCUUGGAUGUAGUUGAAGGAAUCCGUUAUCUUCACAGUCAGGGACUUGUGCACCGGGAUAUCAAACUUAAAAAUGUAUUGCUUGACAAAAAGAAUCGAGCCAAAAUCACUGACUUGGGGUUCUGCAAACCAGAAGCCAUGAUGUCUGGCAGUAUUGUAGGCACACCCAUUCAUAUGGCUCCUGAGCUCUUUACAGGAAAGUAUGAUAACUCAGUGGAUGUUUAUGCAUUUGGCAUUCUGUUUUGGUACAUUUGUUCGGGACAUGUGAAGUUACCAGAGGCUUUCGAGAGAUGUGCAAGCAAAGAUCACCUUUGGAACAAUGUUAGAAGAGGAGUUCGCCCGGAGCGUCUUCCGGUGUUUGAUGAGGAAUGCUGGCAGCUGAUGGAAGCCUGCUGGGAUGGAGACUCCUCCCAGCGCCCUCUCUUGGGGAUUGUUCAGCCUAUGCUGCAGGGGAUCAUGGACAGGCUCUGCAAGUCAAGCUCUGAGCACCCGAAUAAAGGGUUGGAUGACUCUACUUGAAAAGGAAGCACAGAGGAAUUUUUAAUUGUGAGAGAAUUCUGAACCCAUAACUCUGCAGAUGGUUUCUUCGGAUGUAGCUCUUUGUGGCUAACAUGAGUGGGACAGGU